CGAGGAUAAUAAUAUAAGGCAUACACCAAAAUAGCAACAGAAAAAAAGACAUUCUCCUGUGUCUUUCUCGUUAUCGUCUUCUUAGAUCUUCUUCUUCUUCUCCUUUUUUCCUUCUUUUUUUCACUUUAAAAGUUGGUUUUUUAGGGUUUUCUGUAGAAAGAAAACUGUAAACAGAUGGGGAGAGGUAGAGUGCAGUUGAAGCGGAUCGAGAACAAAAUUAGCCGACAAGUAACAUUCUCCAAACGAAGAACUGGUUUCCUCAAAAAAGCUCAUGAGAUCUCUGUCUUGUGUGAUGCUGAGGUUGCUCUCAUCGUUUUUUCUUCAAAAGGAAAACUGUUUGAGUACUCAACUCACUCCAGUAUGGACACUAUUCUUGAAAGGUAUGAAAGGUAUGCUUAUGCAGAGAAAAUGCUAACUGCUCCUGAAACAGAAACACAGGCGAGCUGGACUCUGGAAUCCUCUAAGCUCAAGGCAAAGAUUGAAGUUCUUGAAAGAAACAUAAGGCACUAUGUUGGGGAAGACCUGGAGCAGUUAAACCUAAGAGAGCUUCAAUAUGUAGAGCAACAGCUCGAAACAGCUCUUAAGCGGAUACGAACAAAGAAGAAUCAACUAAUGCACGAGUCCAUCUCCGAGCUGCAUAAAAAGGAGAAGGAAUUGCGAGACAAAAACAACUCACUCUCUAAGAAGUUAAAAGAGAAUGAGAAGAACAGUGAGCAACAAGAUUCAAUGCUGCAGGUGCUUCAGCCACAUUCAGUUCCUUCUUUUGCAACCACCAGCGCACCAAUAUUCAUGGGAGCAGCCAUGAGAGAGGAGGAAUUAGCUCAAACUCAUUCGGUAUCCACUAGCAUGAUACCACUUUGGAUGAUCCGCCACAUUAACCAAUAAGAUUAUGAUCUCCAAUAUAUAGUAGUCCAGUCUGGGUUUGAACAAUGAUGAUGUUCAAAUUGCUGCUACAUAAAUAUAUAAACCCUUAUGGGUUCUAGUAUUCUCUAUGUUCAAACACUGGAAAUGCAUCUAAUAUGACCUAAAUGAUGAUAUAAUAUCAGUAAAAGACGUGUGUUGUUACGUUGAUAUAUAUAUGAAUGUAUACAUGGGGUGAGAAUGCAUUCUGAAACAUGUAUGGAUUGAUAUUAGAUUCA